GAGACUUGUUAAUUUGGACAUGCAAACUUUAACCUUUCUUAUAUUCUCUCUAUUCAUCGAACUGAUAUACUGUCUCCGGCUUCUCAGUCCGUCACCAGGUUCUCCUUAUUCUCCAGAUUCCAAUGGCGUUAUUAUGUGGACUGAUUCUGGAGAAGUAACUUCAUUAAAAUUGUCUCUUUGUCAAGGUAUUCCCAACAAUUAUACUUUACUGUCGGUUCUCUUAAAAGACAUUCCAGCCUCAUCAACAACUGCAUGGUUCCAUCUACCUUCCAGUAUGCCAUCGAACGACAUCUUUUUAUUACUGACAGGGAAUGAUACACCAGCAUCUACAGCAACUGUGUCUCUAUAUAUCGAAAACCAUUCUUCCUUCUCUUUCCCUUCUGGUUUCCCUUCUAUAUCUCUUCCUUCUGGUUUCCCUUCUGAUUUAUCUUCUAUACCUUUUCCUUCUGGUUUCCCUGGUGGUACAUCAACUUCUUCAACCUCCAAUACAACUGAACAAUACGAUAAUCAACAAUCAACUUAUACCAAGUUAGGAAUAGGUGCAAUCGUCGGUAUUGUCAUCGGUUCUAUAGCUUUUAUUUUCACUUUGCUUAUUACUAUGAUUCUUAUGCAUCGUCGCACAGUCCGAAGACGGAGAAAAGCUAUACAAAUGCUUCAAAAGGAAAAUAAAACUGGCCCUCGGGUGCCACCGAAACAUCAGCAACCUCAGCAACCAAUGGAAAUUAAUCUCAACGUGGCUGUUCAACCAUCUCAGGAACAACAAUAUCACACAGAAUACAACUACAAUUCAUCACAGCAGUACGAACAACCAUAUCAUUAUACGCCACAAGCUGGACUUGUAACACCUCAUCAACUGUAUUCGGAUUCAGUUACACCAAUUGCUGCAAUGGAUGGUUCACCAUUCGAAACUUAUACCAUGAUUCCUGUACGUGACAAUCAGCUCCAUGAAACAGAUUCACCAUUAACAAACACUUCAUCCAUAUCAGCAUCUACUAUAGUCGCAUCAACGGUAUCUCAAGAAAAACUUGUGCUCAAGCCCAAUCAGGUCACAUCAACAAAACCAGACACUCCGGACAUCCACAACAAGCCAGACGAUGCUACUUCAAAUAACUCUCAUUUCAAUGCAUAUACUCAAAAGCCUCAUAGAAAACAAUGAUACACAAUAAUAUAUAGUUUAAUUUUUUUUUUUUUUUUUUUAGAUAGAAUCACUUGCCUUCAC